GCGGCAGACACUUCCAAGAAGUUCAAGGUGUCACAUCAGACAGAGCAGCCUCGCGAAAAAAAAACUUGCACUGCAGACAUGCCACUUGGAGAGCCAAACCAGCCUAUCACCCAUGAAGGUUUCAGUAUAAGCUAUGAACAUUCAUGGCUCCACCGACAUUGCCCAUCUACAUUGAUUCAUCAUAAGCGAGCAAGAGUCUCUGGACGACUUUUCUCAGGACUACUGGCCAUGAACGUGGUAUUCCUGGGUGCUGCACUGAUCAGUAGUGUGGUUAUCAGCUCAAUGCCUGCCGAGAACUCUUACAUCUAUCUCUCAGUCCUAAUGCUCUUCAGUUCAGCCUGGGCAAUCUACUAUUUAGCAUGGACACGCAGAAAAACAAAGGCAGUUCUACAAGACCACCACGCUGGUGCACUAUGGCUGAAAGCAUCCCUUAUUCUAUUUGGAACCUGCAGCCUCCUGGUAGCUGUCUUUAAAAUUUGCUAUGAUUCAAGUCUGUUCUCUUGUAAGCUGCCAAUUGAUAUUGUCUUCUCCGUCAUCAAAAUCAUCUUUACAAUCAUACAGAUGUUGCUCCUGUGGGUUUGCUGCAGGGACUGCGUCCAGGUGCAGCACAAUAUAAGUAGAUGGGGCAUUAUGUUAACGCUGGCCACCCAUUUACUGCUUUGGCUCCUGGCUGUGAUCAAUGACUCUGUGCACCAAGACAUGGAGAGCUUACAUUCAAACACCACAUCAGAUGAAGUUGAAGGCACCGGAUGCCUAUGCCCUAAAUAUUCCACAUGUUGGACCUUUCAGCGAGGCUAUGUAACGUUAUACCCUUUCAACCUUGAGUACAGUCUGAUUUGUGCAUCCAUGCUUUUCAUAAUGUGGAGGAACGUUGGCAGGAGAGAAGUUCACCACUCUGGAUCCUCCCACCCUGCCUUUCGUCUGCACGGAGUCCUUUAUGGUCCACUUCUAGGUGUCAGUGCACUACUAGUUGGAAUUUGCAUCUUCAUCCAGUAUCAAGUACAAGCUUCAGGGGGAGUUGUGGUCACUGCCUCCUUCAUCUUAUAUUUUAUGUACAGUAUCAUUCUGCUCUCCAUCAUGGUUAUAGCCUGCAUCAUAGGGAUAAUUGCCCAAACAUUUAGAGAUAAACGGCACAUGGCGCACACAAGACAGGAUAAUGAAAAUAGUGAAACCCCUGAAAAACUGAGAAAAGAAAAGAGGCAGAAAAAGAGUAAAGAAUGUAGGCAUAGGAACGUGGAGAAUAAACACCAUGGACAGUCGGAAGGAGAAGUAGAGGAGAGCAGACAGUCAAAAGAGGUAGAAAAUAGUAACGUUGAGUUUCAGGAACAUAUUGGGUGUAGCACAACAGCUGAGGAGGAAAACUGUGAGCAUGAUGAAAAACAAGCAAAGAAUGAAACACACAAUGGAGAUACUGAAAUGCAUGACCUGCAUAAAGAACAUGAGGAACAUCUAGAUCUCAAUAAUCAUCCGACAAAGAGAAAAGUCAGCACAGAGAUAAAUACACACCAAAGGGAGAAGAACAUCCACCACAGAAGUCUACCUAAAAACUACACCCGCAGUCUGGAAAUUAUUCUCCUGCUUGGAGCUUCCCUUGGUCAAUUCUCCAUUUCUUAUUAUUCCAUAGUCGCUAUUGUAGCCACUGGUUCAUGGAAUCUGCUCAACUCUUUAAACCUGUCGUCCUCCAUCCUGAUGAUCCUACAGCAUAUGUUUCAGAAUAUUUUUAUUAUAGAGGGAAUGAGGAAAGAGCACAAGGAGCAUUACUAUCUACAGGCCCAAAAGGAGAACAAAGAGGAACACGAGGAAGCCCCUCGUAGGCUCUCCAUGGUUGAGAUUCGCAGGGCAUCUGUGGCUUAUUUACAAAGCGUUGGACAACUCAGUGUCAGCCGCAGAUUGGUGAAGGAGGUGGCGCUUUUUUUAGUGCUCUGCAAUGUUAUGUUCUGGAUCAUGUCCGCUUUUGGAGGUCAUCCUCAGUAUGUAAAUGGUCUGGAGCUUGAAUAUUAUGGCUUUUCAGUCUGGUUUGCAAUUCUCAACAUUGGGCUCCCAUUAUCAGUCUUUUACCGGAUGCACAGUGUUGGAGGGUUGCUGGAGGUCUAUGUCACUGCGUAAUGCAGUUCUUCCAUCUCAAGGUCUACAAAGAUCUACAUUGCAAUAUGUCAACCACAGAACAUUUUGACAGCGCAGUAGACACUACUACAAUCCACAAGCGUGUAGCAUUAUUGAGUAUUCAUAAACUGAUGACAAUAAUAUGGGGAGCUUUCUGCUGAUUGUAGACAUCAAGUUUUCUGCUUAACGUCCUAUACAAACCUGUGUAGCCCUAUAUGUUAUCAUGAGGACACCAGUGGUUACUCAGUGUUGAGCUGCUAACUGGUAUGGAAGCAAGUAGACAUUACCCUGAGGACAUUAUCCCCCUUGGGGAUAGCAAGGUUUUGGACCACAAGAAGGUACCAAUGUGAUAUCUGCACAAGGUUUAGGGGUAGACUGAUAUAAAUAAAUCUGGCAGGUUUUUGGUGAGAUGACCUGCAGACUACAACGUUGUACAACAAAUAGCCCCCUUAUGCAUCCUAAGGGACAGCUACAUGAUCAUAACUCUUUACUUUCAAGGAAAGGCCCCACCAUGAAUGGAAAGCAUGCUGCACAUGCGUAGCUUUCUCCAUUGACUGCUAUGAGACUUCCAAAACUAGCCAAGGCUACCUCGGAGCUCACUGGCUUGGAUAUUUUCCGAAGUCUUAUAGCAGUGAAUGGAGGAGUGGCAAUGCAUGCAUCAUGUCCUCUCCAUUGUUAUCAGACGUCCAAAAAAAGCUGAGUGCACUCACUUGGCUAUUUUGGGAAGUCUUGUAGCAGUGAGUAGACAGUACACUCUGCAUGCACAGAAAGCUCAUGGUGGGGCCCUAUUUUUGACAUAGCAGUAGGUCUCAGAAGAGCCAAUAUGUUUUGCCAAUGACGUGGCAUCUUCAGGGGUAUAGGGGCUGUAGCAUCAAGACCACCACCACUCUAUUAGGAAUUUAUUAGCUAUCCAAAAUCCUCCCAUUGCAAAACAAGCAGCUGUCCUACUGGAUCCGGGAUCAUUUGGAGGCAUAAUAUGAGCUAUAUCAUUCAUAGAUAAAGAGAAAAGGCUAUAUUGUUGUGCCCAGAUAUAAAAUUAGCUCUCCUCCAGAAGGAAGAAAGCUGCCUGUAAUCCAAUGUCUGACCCAAUAAAGAGCCUUGA